GAACUACUGGGAACCUGUCCUUCAAGUCUGUCCAAACUAGAUUCUUAAAGUUCACACCCAUUAAGCCACUUACUGUAGCUGUCACACUGAAAUACUGCCAGUCAGCUAUGGAUUAUCAGGAGCAGGUUGAUCGAAUUGUGUCCACGGCGUCGUUUGGGGACUUAGUGGAGUUUUCCUACCCCAUCGGAUACUCGCACUGGGGCGUGUAUGUUGGCGAUGGACACGUUAUUCAUUUUGCUGUUGCAGAUCAGGGCCAGAUGUUGACCACCGUACGCUCCGCCCUGCAGCACAUGUUCCCCGUGUGUGGAGACUUGCUGCUCGGUGAAACCAUGAUACGGCGGGUGCCUCUCGCCGAGGUGAACGUGCCAAAGGGCGUCAACGCCACUAUCAACAACGACCGCCACGAUUUCACGCCGUCGGCCCCGGAGGACAUGCGGCGCCGCUGCGAUGCCCUCCUCGAUCAGGUCUUCCAGUACCAUCUCUUCAACUUCAACUGUGAGCACUUCGCCACGUUCAUACGCUACGGAAAGGCCGUGUGCAACCAGAUUCCUGGGAGACGUAAGAACAAGGAGUGUUUGGACACGACUCUCGUCUUCAACGACUUUGUUGCCUUCAAGGCAAAUAAUGAGGAGUUUUGUGGAUAAAUUCAGGUUCAUGUCACGGCCACACGUUUUUGCUCUGAGUAACUGAUUGACAAAUGAGUAGAUUACAGUGGAUGUAACAACUUUGAAACCACACGUUUGUGUAUUUUGUUUGUAAAUAAUGUAAAUUCUGUGGCUCCAUUAAAGAGCAAGUGGUUGUGUGUAUAGUU